GCUCCCCGCCCGUCUCUCCCGCCGCCGCGGCCGCUCGGAGCGCGGGGCAGCGCAGCGGGGCGGGCCGGGCCAUGGCCCCGCACCAGCCCAGCGCCGGGCAGUACCUGCGCUCCGACAGCGGCGGCUCGGAGCUCCGAAUGCUGCCGGACGGCCCCGACCCCGUUCCCGCCCGCGGCGAGGCGCGGGGCCGGCGGCGGUGCGGGCCGUUGUGGGGCAGCGUGGCCGUCAUGGCCAUCCUCGCCCUGCAGAUCGCUUCCACCACCGGCCUCUUCGUCUACUUCACCAUGGCCAUCUCCAAGCUCAAAGCCCAGGUGCCGGGCAGCGCGGAGGAGCUGCGGUGUCUGCAGGUUAUCAACCAGCAGCAGGAGGGCUCCAGCCUGGAGGAGCUGGUCACCAACCAGCCCUGUCUCAAGCUGGCCAACACCAUCAAAGCCUAUGUGGCCACGGUGACGGAGAACGUUGUCCGCAGGAGCGCCGUGAAGGAGGCCCGGCAGAGCUACUUCAACACCUCAGAGGGGCAGGUUCCUCCCAAAACAGCGAGCAAGCCCUCGGCACAUCUCACCCUCCGCCCACAGAGCCUGGCCCAGGAUGGAAACUCCAAACGCUUUGGGAACCUCUCGCAGUCCUGCCGCCACGCCAUCGCCCUCUGGGAAGACAGCACCAUCCACUCGCACCUGCAGAACAUCACCUACCGGGAUGGGCGGCUGCGGGUCAACCAGGCGGGCAAGUACUACGUCUACUCCCAAAUCUACUUCCGCUACCCCAGCGAUGGGGCCAGCGCCCGGGUCUCCGUCCCCCAGCUCGUGCAGUGCAUCAACUGGAAGACCUCCUACAGCCAGCCCAUCCUCCUGCUCAAAGGGGUCGGCACCAAGUGCUGGGCACCCGAGGCGAACUACGGGCUCCACGCGCUCUACCAGGGAGGACUGUUUGAGCUGAAGGCCGGCGAUGAGCUCUUUGUCUCUGUCUCCUCCUUGGCCAUCGACUACAACGAUGCAGCAGCCAGCUACUUCGGGGCCUUUCGGCUUGACCUGUGACAGCUGCCUCUGCCUCCCACCCUCCCGCUGCUCAUGCCCAUCCGCUCUCCGGUGUGGCCCUGGGGCAGCAGAUACUGGAACAGGACAGCAGCCAAAUGUCCAGAGACUACCUGGUGCAUGGUCCUUCCCCGCGUGCAUUGUCCCUUAUGGUGAGGGAAGAGCCAGGAGGGCAUGGGGGCUGCCCACAGGGCCCCACUGUACAGCCGGGAGGAAGCCCAGGAGCCAGGAAGGGCUCACGGGAGACAUGCACAAGUUGGGGACAUCCCGGCCCUGAUGGCACAUCAGCUCCCUGGCUCCUGUCUGAGUGCAGCGGCGAGCGCACGGCUGGCGCCCCCGGGACAGAGCGCCAGGGCACAGCCCGCAGGUACGAGGCAGGUCCAGCGUCAGCUUCUGGAAAGGAGCAAAGGAGUUUCAGUUUGGGCUAAUUAGAAACCUGAAGCGAUGCCAGCAAUCAGUUUGAGGUGAGGGCAAUAGCAGGAUUGUGAAGCUGGAGUGAUCAUCAGCCCAAGUGACUGCACCCGGGCACGUGGCAGUGAGGAGCAUUGUGCCUGAGCCAAACUGCACAGGGCCAUCCUGCCCAGGAGCUUGUUAUCACACCUCUCCUUUGCUUCUGACCAAGCAUCUCUUUCUAUGGGGCCUUUGGUCCUCCCAGCCCUGUUGGGCCAGCACAGGCCCCCCCUCGCUCACGUCUUUAGCAAUCGCUAACCUGCAGGAUUCCAGCUUGUGGGUGAGCCCUGGCCGUAGCAGCACAGGACCCAGGAGGGACAAGACCAAGCCCUUGUUGUUCAGAUGCAAAAGGUGGCUUCAAGCAGGGCAGAGCGUGGUCCAGCUGACUCGGCCCAUGGACACUGGGCUGGAUGCAGCCCCCUUUUGUAAUUACCUGUAUACUCUCUGUAUCAUAUUAAGACUGUUGGUGCGUAUGGACGGAACAGCAGCACAGGCUCCCACGAGGGAUGGCAGCACGACAAGGCGGGGGCUCUCUGUGCUGGUUUAAAUAAACCCUGUACUCCAGCA